ACACAGUAGCCCUGGCGAAAAUCGAACCCAGCGUAUGUGUGCGAGCGAACGGGCGUGCGUGUGUGUGUGUCCAGAGCAGCCGACGAAAAAUUGCAGUUGUGACACAAUUUGGACACCCCCCCACCCGAAACACGAGCUAAAUCGGCGCAGGCAAAGACCAGAGACACGGCGAAGGCGACAAGAAGAGCAGCGAAAUGGCGGAAGGCGGCAGCAAGCGCAUCAACGUGGUUGUGAAAACGCCAAAGGACAAGAAGACGGUCGAGGUUGACGAAGAUUCUGGAAUAAAAGAGUUCAAAAUUCUGGUGGCACAAAAGUUCGAGGCGGAGCCCGAGCAGCUGGUGCUCAUCUUCGCCGGGAAGAUCAUGAAGGACACGGACACCCUGAAGAUGCACAACAUCAAGGACAACUUGACGGUUCAUCUGGUGAUCAAGGCGCCGACGCGCAACAACGAGGCGCCCGCCCGCCAGCCGGCGGAUGUCCGCCAGACGCCCUUUGGCCUGAAUCAAUUCGGUGGCCUGGCGGGCAUGGAGGCACUGGGUGCCGGAUCGAAUACCUUCAUGGAUCUGCAGGCACGCAUGCAGAACGAGCUGCUCAAUAAUGGCGAUAUGCUGCGAUCUCUGAUGGACAAUCCGCUGGUGCAGCAGAUGAUGAACAAUCCGGACACGAUGCGCCAGCUGAUCACGUCGAAUCCGCAGAUGCAGGAUCUGAUGCAGCGCAACCCGGAGAUCUCGCACAUGCUCAACAAUCCGGACCUGCUGCGCCAGACAAUGGAGCUGGCCCGCAAUCCCUCGAUGCUGCAGGAGCUGAUGCGUUCGCACGAUCGGGCCAUGUCCAAUCUGGAGUCCGUGCCGGGCGGAUAUAGUGCGCUGCAGCGGAUCUACCGCGACAUCCAGGAGCCGAUGAUGAACGCCGCCACCGAGUCCUUUGGCCGCAAUCCCUUUGCCGGCCUGGUGGACGGCGGCCUGGGCGCUGGGAUCAAUCCGCAGCAGGGCACCGAGAACCGCAACCCGUUGCCGAAUCCCUGGGGCGGCGGUGGAGGUGCCAAUUCCGGGACAAAUGGCACAGGCACCGCCAAUCGUACUGGAGAUCUGCCGCCCAACAAUGUCCUCAACACGCCGGCCAUGCGCAGCCUGCUCCAGCAGAUGGCCGACAAUCCGGCCAUGAUGCAGAACCUCCUGAACGCCCCCUACACGCGUUCCAUGAUGGAGUCCAUGUCGCAGGAUCCGGACAUGGCAUCGCGCCUGCUGAGCAGCAGCCCCCUGCUGUCCAAUAAUCCCGCUCUGCAGGAUCAGGUGCGCCAGAUGAUGCCGCAGUUCAUGGCACAGAUGCAGAAUCCCGAGGUGCAGAACAUGCUGACCAAUCCGGACGCCAUGAACGCCAUCCUGCAGAUCCAGCAGGGCAUGGAGCAGCUGCGCAGCGCGGCCCCGGGACUCGUUGGCACUUUGGGCAUUCCGCCGCCGCCGCCAGGAGUUGGCAACACGGAUGCGGAUCCGGCCAGCGGUGAUGGUGGAAGCACCACCAACAAUGCCUCACCAAACGCCGCUAAUCCCGUGCCCAGCUUGGCACCGGGUGGCGGUCCGAAUGCGCAGCUCUUCAACGACUUCAUGAUGCGCAUGCUCAACGGGAUGUCGAACAACGCAGACGGCACACAGCCGCCCGAGGUGCGCUACCAGUCGCAGCUGGAGCAGCUGGCGGCGAUGGGCUUCGGCAACCGGGAUGCCAAUUUGCAGGCCCUGAUCGCCACCUUUGGGGACAUCAAUGCGGCUGUGGAGCGACUUCUGUCCCUCAACCAGCUGUCCCUGAGUUAACAACGCUAAGCCAUUUCCAAACUGUACACAACCUGUCUAUAUAUCUACCAACUACAUCUAUAUAUCUAACACUAUAGCCCUGGAGAACGCGAAUGAUACGAUGAUAACGAUUGAUGAUGAUGAUGAUGAGAAAGGGGGGAAACACACACACAAAAAUUCCAUGCUGAUUGCUUAUUCCCCUUAUUAAGCCGGAAAUAUCUUGAAUCCUUCAUGACCAUACAACACACAAAACACACAACAAAAAUAGGAGCCUGGAGAACGGAGAGAUAUUACGGAUGGAUAUGAUAGAAGAGCAUAGAUAGAGAUCGCAUACCAAAGUGUCGGCACUUGCGUAGUUGAUAUCAUUAUUUUUUUUUAAUUAUUUACUUUUUCGAGGGCUCUAAAGCGGAAACCCCAAUUGAAUAUGCGCCACGAAGCAUAUAUAUUAUAUAUCUCCAGACAAAACACACAAUUCCCCAACAGAGACAACCUAGAAUUUCAAUAAAUUUCCAACAGGUUGGUGCUCUCCCUUGUCAUUAUUGAUGUAACUAUAUAUAUAUCGAUGUAAAUUCCAGUUGUGUGCUUGAGGAAGAAACGAACGAGGUUCUAAGGAUACUGGGUUUUUUUUUUCAUUUGGCUCCCCCAUCCGAUUCCCCCUCCCUUUUCUCGCCAAGUGCUACAGUAGAUAUCGGCUAUAUGCAAUGGAAUAUGUAUACAAGCAAUACGAGUAGUCAAAAUGGUUAUCGAUUCGUUAAUACACCUAAGAGUAAUCUCCCAGCGUUAUCUAACCUUAAGCCAUCCGUUUAAGAGAAUCAAAAUGUAUAAAGUUGCGCACUAGCGGUAUCUACUGUAGGUCCACAAGUGUGUACAUAGGGUAUAUAGUAGGUACAUCCAAAUAUUCCAUGGUGUUGACAAAAAAAAAGACGUGAAAGCUAUUUAAAAUUCCUAUUUAAAACUCUAAGCAUAUAACCGACUCUUUGGGAACUUCUUUUGGAUCUUCUGGGGUUCCGAUCCCUCAAUUCACACACACACACUAUAAUAUAAAAGCGUAUGAGUUCAAUGUAUACCCUGUAAGUACUAUUACCAUAUAUGCGAGGAGUAUGCAGGUGAGCCAACUUGAACGGGGGAAUUGGGUGGGUGGGCAGAAACUGGAGCUGGACCGAUACGUUUAUUUGUUUAGUGAAGGAAGAAGGAAGCUAAGUAAUUAAAUGUAAAUGAUCACAUGUUUUAAAACAGUAAUAAAGCUACUUUGGUUUUAGAUUAUA